AAUGCUUUUCUUCUGUAAAUGACGAGGGACCGAGUGUGUAGAGGUCAAAGGGGACUCGGAACCAGCGCCGCGGAGCUCGUUUUAUCCUGUUCUUCUCUGCCCGGGGAACUCGUUGGAGCAGGAAGAUAGCUUGGUGCAGCUGUGUCGGAGAGGAGGCUCGGGAGGAGGUGAAACUGCGGGAUAUGACGAGUGAAGCGGACGCCGCCACGGACAAGAUCAUAACAGAUGCCAUGGCAAAUCCUUCUCCAGCAAAGAGUUUGGGUGAUCCAGGAAUCACUCCUUUGUCUCCCUCACACAUCCAGCAGAAUGACACAGACCAGGUCCAGUCAGGACCAUCGUUUGUGGUGGUCGUCGCCAUUGACUUCGGCACCACAUCCAGUGGAUAUGCCUACGCCUUCACGAAGGAGCCUGAGUGCAUUCACACCAUGAGGCGUUGGGAAGGAGGAGACCCUGGUGUGUCCAAUCAAAAGACUCCAACCACCAUCCUCCUGACUCCUGACAGGAAGUUCCACAGCUUCGGCUACGCUGCUCGGGAUUUCUACCAUGACUUGGACCCCAGCGAGUCCAAACACUGGCUCUAUCUGGAAAAAUUCAAGAUGAAGCUUCACACCACUGCAAAUCUGUCCAUCGACACUGACAUCCACGCAGCUAAUGGAAGACGAGUGAAAGCUCUGGACAUCUUUGCAUACGCACUGGCUUUCUUCAAGGAGCAAGCAUUAAAGGAGCUGAGUGAUCAGACAGGUGGUGAAUUUGACAACACCACUGUGAGAUGGGUGAUCACAGUCCCUGCCAUCUGGAAGAUGCCGGCAAAGCAGUUCAUGAGGGAAGCGGCAUAUAAGUCUGGUCUGGUGUCUCGUGAAACCCCAGAGCAGUUGAUCAUCGCUUUAGAGCCUGAAGCAGCGUCGAUCUAUUGCCGCAAGCUCCGCCUCCAUCAGAUGGUUGACCUGUGUACGCAGACCACCCAGAACGGGUUUAGUCCCAAUGAAAAUGUGGGGAGUGGUAUGAGCCAAGCUAAGGAGCAUGUGCGGCGCAACCGACAGAGUCGCACCUUUUUGGUGGAAAAUGUCAUAGGAGAGCUUUGGUCGGAGCUGGAAGAAGGUGAUCGUUACGUGGUAAUGGACUGUGGUGGAGGAACAGUUGACCUGACUGUGCAUCAGAUCCGGCUUCCAGAGGGACACCUAAAAGAGUUGUACAAAGCUUCAGGUGGACCUUAUGGCUCUAUUGGGGUUGAUUAUGAGUUUGAGAAGUUGCUGUGUAAGAUCUUUGGCCAGGAUUUUAUUGACCAGUUUAAAGUAAAGAGGCCGGCUGCCUGGGUGGACUUGAUGAUUGCAUUUGAGUCUCGAAAGAGAGCAGCAGCUCCAGAUAGAACUAACCCCCUCAAUAUCAACCUGCCUUUCUCCUUCAUUGACUACUACAAGAAGUUCCGGGGCCACAGUGUGGAGCACGCCCUACGCAAGAGCAAUGUGGACUUUGUUAAAUGGUCGUCUCAGGGGAUGUUGAGGAUGAGUCCAGAUGCCAUGAAUACCCUCUUCAAACCCACCAUUGACCACAUCAUCCAGCAUCUCACUGAGCUCUUUGAGAAGCCCGAGGUCAGCGACAUCAAGUUCCUGUUCCUAGUUGGAGGUUUUGCUGAGUCUGCUCUGCUGCAACAAGCCGUCCAGAACAUGCUUCAGGGCCGCAGCCGAAUUAUCAUCCCCCAUGAUGUCGGCCUAACCAUCCUGAAAGGUGCCGUGCUCUUCGGCCUGGACCCCAGCGUCAUCAAAGUCCGCCGUUCGCCCCUAACAUACGGGGUAGGUGUCCUCAAUCGCUUUGUGGAGGGCAAACACCCACCAGAGAAACUGCUGGUGAAGGACGGGACGCGCUGGUGCACUGAUGUCUUCGACACCUUCAUCUCUGCUGACCAGUCCGUGGCGCUGGGCGAGAUGGUAAAGCGAAGCUACACACCAGCGAAGCCUUCCCAGCAGGUGAUCGUCAUUCAUGUCUACUGCUCGGAGAAGGAGAGUGUGGGUUUCAUCAGCCAGCCUGGAGUCAAGAAGUGUGGGACACUUCGCUUAGACGUGAGUGGAACAGAAAGUACGGCGACGCGACGCGAGAUCCAGACGCUCAUGCAGUUCGGUGACACAGAGAUUCGAGCCAUGGCGGUGGAUGUGUCUACAGGACGCACCGUCAAAGCUAGCAUUGACUUUUUAAGUCAUUAAGAAGGCCAUAUUCAAGUUCAAGUAGCAGAACUCCUAGAAGCAGAAGAAAAAAAUCUAAACAGCUUACACUCUCA